CCAGAGGUGUAAAGUGAGGCCAGCUACGGGUGCCCGGAUGGUUUUGACAGCCAGGCACGUUGGAGAGGCACGGCGGAGGCUGGGGCGCACGAGAGACAGACCUGGAAUCGCGGAGGCAGAGACGCACGGGCGCACGACGGUUUUCGCCUCCCGCAUACUGGGGAGUCCCGCGCCUGUCACCGGGACCGGAGGACAGGGCUCCGGCGCGGUCGUGUCAGCGCCUUCACCGGGGGGAGGCUUGUGAACCAACGUCCCUGCUCUCCAAUUUUGUACAUUUCUCACCGUUUUGCUUUUUCGCUUCCCCAUCAGUUGUGGGUGCAGAUCUCGACGUGAGCCAGAGGAGCGGGGUUUUUUUUUUUCUCCCCCCCCCUCCCCCCCCCCCGCCGUCGGGUCGCACGAGACGGUGGCGCGCGACGGCGUUUCCAUCGAUGCGGGAGGACUCGCUGCCUGCGAGGCGAGGAGCCCAGAUGACGGGGAAGUGCUGUUCACCGACGGCUGCAGCCGUCAAGGCGACGGCUCCGUGAAGCGCCGCCGCCGCACCAGCACCACCAGCUCCACCAGCUCCACCACCACCAGCACCACCAGCUCCACCACCAGCUCCACCACCACCAGCACCACCACCAGCUCCAGCAGCAGCAGCGCGAGCCCCCAGACUCUCUCCCUCUCUCUCCCCCUUGGUGAGUGCGCGUGCAGCGCCUUGCACCGACUACACAGCAGCAGAGAUGUGCCCGCUGUCCGCUCCGCCAGCUGUGCUGCGCACCUCUGGCAGCCCUCUCUUUUUGACUUUUUUUGUUUGUUGUAUUUAAUACGUCAACCUCAUCGGUGCGUCGUGAACGGACGGGGCUCUGCGUGCGUCCCGCUCGCGCUGCUGGGUCGUCUGGGCUUUUACUCAACCAUGGGCAAAAGACAGGAGCAGAGGGGAGAGGGAGAAGUAUGUGAGCUCUCCACUGCAGUAUUGAUGACCCAAUGAUCCCCUGCAGAACAGAGCCAGUCAGGCAGACAGAGUGAGGCUCAACUCAGAAUCAAAAUCAGAAUCAGCGCCACAACCAUUCGGUCCUUGAACUUCUUUCUCGCUGCUGGAGGAAGACAGCAACAAAGAAGCGACAGCCAUUUACAUACAGCAGAAACACAUCCCUCUUUCACCUCCCGCACAACCAGCAAGAUCGUACACUGAAUGAGUGGCUUGUCAGAACACCUAGUCAACCAGUCUGGGGCUCCAGUGGGCUGCGGUGGGAAUCAGGCUGAGGAAAAACGGUGUGUGGGAGGGCGUGAGGAGCUGGGAGGGCCUGAGCUCUGGACCAGGGAGCUUGGGUUCCAGACAGAGUCCCAAGAUCCCACCGACGAUGGACUGGCGGCGGUGACCACCGACCGCUUUCCCGCCUCCUCUCCCUCUGCCCUGGCCAACGGCCUCCACCUGCAGAGAAGGCUGGGGCACAACAACUGUCGGCGGAGGCAGACAGAGACUCACACCACUGCUGAGACACAUACAUUUGCAGAGACUUUUAGAAACAUGCAGACACACAUGGAUCCAGAUAUGCAGGCACAGGCUGUGUCACAUGCACACAUGGAUAAUUGUGGACAUAUGGAUAUCAAUGUGGGGCCGGAACACUCCAGAACUCUCACACCAGAGGCCAUACACACAACCUCACCUCAACCCCUGUCUUUGGCACUUGGCAAUCAUCCUGCCUCCAACAAUCAGCUGGCAGCCACGGUCCUCACAGCAGAGAAAGACAUCCCCUCAACCUUUUGCCCUGUAUCUAUCGGUCCAAACCAAAGGACAGACUCCUCUCCUCUUCCUGUGGAGGCAGAGAAGAAGUAUGCACUCCGCAGCUCCGGACGUCCCCGCUUCCCCUGUCACCUGCGCAAAUCCUCCCGCCUCCGCCGAAGCAUAGAGGACGGGGAGAAGAGAGCAGUGAAGGAGAGGGGAGUUGAAGAGGUUGAUGAAGGGUUAGAGGAAAAAAUCUGGAGGGUCAAGGAAGAAGAGUUGGCUGUUCGUGAGAAAGAAGAGCACCCGUCUGUGGAAGCUGUUCUCCACACGGCUCCCUGCCCCACAGACAUCGCUCUUGCUCUAACUGUACCCAAACCUGCUCCUAAAGCUAUACAUAAACCCGGGCCCAGACUUGGGCAUAAACCAGGACCUAAAUCCAGGUCCAGGCCUGCACCGAAAUCUGUCCAAAAAGCAGGUCCUAAAAGUAUGAAACAGCGUCAAGCAGCGCAGUCCGUCCCUCAUCGUGUUACCCCUCAUCUCCCAUUUGUGAACACAUCCACUAUCCCUGCAUCUCUGCUAACUGUGAAGGGGGAACCUGUUGCAGAAUUGAGGGUAUGUCCUCCCAAUAACCGGAGAUGUGGACGUUUUGUUGGCGUAAGGAAGAUUGUUGUCAAGGUGGCUCGCAUUCCUGUCAGUCUGAGCCGCCGACAGAAGAGCUACAAGAUUUCCAAUUUGGAGACAGUUACGGGGACCGAGAAAGGAAAUGAUGGGGGUCUGGAGGGCUCAGAGGCAGUUCGAGAGCCGACCGCACUUCUCCGCAUGAAGAACAAUGGGAAGAGUGUUAUGGUGAUGUUCCCUCCUGGAGAGCUGCCUGUUAUUCUCAAACGCAGGCGGGGACGACCACCUAAACAGGCUCUGCCAGUAAUACCGGGAGAGCCUCCAAAUGCCGGCAGUGCUAGUGGUAAUGGAGACCAGCCCAAAAAGCCCCGAAGGCGUCGUAGGACUAAACUCCCUUGUCCUUAUCCAUCCUAUGUUAAUGAUACUAAUGAUGUGAAAACAGAGUAUGGGGAUGUUCUGUCCAAACUGGCGUUUUUAAACCGCCAGCCGCCUGCCACUGGCCGCUGCUCUCCACCUCGAUGCUGGACUCCCAGUGAGCCAGAAAGCUUUCAUGCCCCUUUGGAAAACCCUGGAAUAUCCACCCUGCUCCACCGGCUCACGGGGACUAGACGCCCGCGGGGUGGCAGAGGAGGGGGCACUGGAAGAGGUGCAGGAGCAGCAGGGGGGGUUGGGGGCAGUGAGUGCAAUAGGAGCACCUUCAGUGACUUCUUUGAAUCAAUUGGUAAGAAGCGGAAACUAAGCCCGCUGUCUGAGCAUGGAUUACCAAGGAAAAGGGGGAAGGGUGGGGUUGGUAGGGGAGGGGGUACUGUGGGAACUGAACCUGGGGGAGAGAAAGUGGUCAAGAAGAGACGUAUAAGAAAAAAUGGUGCAUUUAAAGGGGAGGGCGUUUCGAUGGGGCAGGACUGGCCAAAUGGGGCAGGUGGCUGGGGGGAGGAGGGGUGUAUGGAAAAGGAGAAAGGUUUGGGGGGGUUUCGGCUCUGUGGAUCUCCGAGGGGGGGCUUUUCCUCCUGUGAGGUUGGAAGGGGGGGUGCCUACAGCAGUCCAGGGGGAGGCAGAGGCGUCAGACCUGCUGGGGAGGACUCACAAGGCCUGUUUGCUGGAUAUUUCCGGUCACUGCUCGACUCAGAUGAUUCGUCUGACCUGUUGGACAUCUCCUCGCAGUCAGACGGCCGCAAAACUUCAUCCACCCCUGGUUAUGAGCCAUCCAGCCCAGCUACUGGACACAGCUGGGCCCCCGCAUUCUCCAAGUGGUGCUCUAAGGGCGCAAGUUCUAGAGUGGAGGGUUCAGCACAAACACAUUGCUCCUCAUCCAGGCCUCCAUACAGCUAUGGCAGCCUGGCCCAAACGUCACCCACCACUUCUACCUAUCCUAAAUCCACCCCUCCAUCUCUCUCACACUCUCCUAGCUCCCCCCAUCCUGCCUCUUAUGGACACUACUCCUCUGGCUACUCCUCCUCUUCUCCCGCAGUGUCACAGAGACCCUCGGACUGCAGCUUUGCAUUUGUGUCUGGACACAGCAGUGGCAAGGCCACCCAUGUUGGUUAUUCUAGCUACCAGGCAGCAGCUAAGAGGGGCUUUUGUGGAUAUCCUGCAGCAGGUCAUUCCUCCCUGGUGCGGGGGGAGUCAACGGGACCCACGUCACCUGGAGGAGGGUACAUGUCUGUGGCCAGAGGUAGCCCAUUUAGCCCCACCCCAGAAGGAUACAAACAGUACAGCUCCAAUCAGUGGAGCUACAGACAAGGUUAUGGUGGCUGGGCAACAGACAACUUUGGGGCUCAGUAUCAUGGCUACAGUGAAUAUGGCACCAAUGAGUCCAAAGACAUCUUGGAUAUCUCGAACUACACUCCCCAGAAGGCCAAGCGACAACCUUUUCCUGAAAGUCUGUCAGAAUCGUCCUCCGACUCUUCACAUCUUGGAUCUGCAGCAACUGGCAGUGGACCGAGCUCCACAGGUGGCCCGUACAAACAGAACGAGGCUGCCUCUGUUAGCGGAGAAGGGGGUCAGUCGAGUCUGUCCAGUCUGGAGAAGUUGAUGAUGGAUUGGCAUGAGAGUGCCUCAGGGCCCUCGUAUAACUGGAGCCAGAGCGUCCUCUUCCAGGGUGGCGGAACCAGCAAACCGGGCCGCGGUCGCAGGAAACGGACUGAGCCACAAGCAGAAAAAGAGGGCGUUUCCGCUUUACACUCUGACUCCCAAUCCAGUCCCUCACCAACGCCUAUUCCUGGACCUAAGCGGGGAGGCGUUGGUGGACGGGGCAGAGGGUCUAGAGGAGGUCGAGGGGGGCUGUCGCCAUGUCAGAGAGAGCGGCCAUCGGGGGCUAAAGGCAGGGGCAAGGCUGUUUCUACAUCCGGAGCAGGAGGAGCAGUGUCUGCUGGAGGUCCAGAGGGGUCUGGGCUGUUCCAGGAGGUGCUGGAUUAUUACAGCGGUGACAGUAGCAGCCUCUCACCCCUGGCCACCCCCAAUCCUGCACCACCUUCCAGCUACCUCCCGGAUCCCUGUGAGUACCCCUCCCCUUAUUCUGCCCACCCAUCCACACCUUCCUCUGAGGAGCGAUAUCCAGCCCUGUACCCUGGAGAGUCCUCCUCUUCCCUCUCACCCAGUGUCUCAUCUCCCCCUUACCCUCCCAAGCCCACCCCUCCUCCGCCCCAGUCUUACCACCCAGUCCCAUCUAGGACCUUUUCCCCCUCCUGCUCUCCCUCACCACGGGUAACAUCCCACUGCAGCACGGCACUGAGUCCCUCACAUCGCCCUCCUCCAAAAGACCCACAGUUCUCUCAGUAUGACUCCCCCAGCUACUGCAGCUCCCCCUACUGGUAUGGACAGACAUCGCACAGUGGCAGCCCUAGUCCGCACUCACACAGCACACACUCAAAUACAGGCGUUCACACUCACAGCAACCCGCACACAAGUCCUCAUGGUAAUGCACAUGGUAAUCCACUCGUUAGCCCAAAUGCAAACGCACACCAACAUAUAAUCCAGACUCCCCAUGACACACACCAUCACAACACACAGCCUCACGCAAACCUGAGCUCACACGCCAACACCCAUCCCACCUCGCAUCUCCAGAGCAACCCCCUCACCCACUCAAACCCUCACACCAACAAUCAGCCACACCACAACGCGCACACCAACCCCAACACUCAUCUCCCAUCCCAUACACACUCCAACCCCAGUCCCGGCCUCCUCUCCCACUCAACACCCGUGCUUUAUGAGGAGCGCAGCCCCCCCUCCGCCAUGAGCGCCCUCAAGCGGGAUCUGACCCCCCACCACAUGAGCACAGGCCAUCGCCAAGGCCCCAUGCCUCACGCCUCAUACCCCAAACCUCCCUUGGACUCUUCGCCCCAUCAGGAGGACACUAGUGGCUUCUCUCUGUCCCACCAGUCCUACCAGGCCAUGGGGCACCGUUACCCCUCCCAGGUGGUCCAGGGAGGUGGGGUGCUGUGCCAGCUCCUGGACCCUGCCAACGAUGACAGCUUCAGCGUCACCAGCCUGUAACAGCAGGUGCAUUCAGUCCAAGCUUUUACAGAUUUGCAAACCUUUUUUUUUGUGUGUUAAGGAGACUUCUUUGUGAGAGACUUGUGAAAUGGAGGUUGAGAAUUUAGCUGCCAGCUUUGGACGUUAAAGCUUUAAUUCUCCAGCACUGACAAUCAAAAUCAACCACAACUUUGACACCCAUGUGCACACACAAAUGCAUAGACACACACACACACACACACACACACACACACACACACACACACACACACACACAUGCAUGUGAAGAUCAAUUCACUACCUAAACAUAAAAUCAUACAUGUGUACACUCACUCAAACUCUAUGCUGGAACGAGGGAACGGCCAAGAGCUGACAGAUGAAAACCAGACGUUGACGAACAUUUCCUCAUUGAGUCCUGCUGUGAUGCAUAGAGGACAGCAUUUUCCCAGAAGUCUGUAAAUCACUAAAUCUUUUUAGACUGGUUCUGUACAUCUGCGAAUGGACAAACUCGGAGCACACUGCUCUUUCUGUUUCUUGCCUCGCUCCUCUCUCAACUCCCCUUCUUUGCUAAACCAGCAACCGUGUUCUGCACUUGACUCACUGACACUGUAUUACUGUCUCGUGCUCCAUCCUGAAACCGCAUCUGAGCCCAAAAUCUUUUUAAAUACCAUGAGCCUUGCAAAUGUCCCACUCUGUGCACUCCUUGUGUUGUGUCCCAUAGGAGAAAAGUGGACUAAUAAUGUUUCUGCUCUUGAAAUACCAGCAUCUGUACAUACGACUCCAGCUACAAGCCAGGGGCCCCCUUCUUCACUCUGGAGGUCCGUCAUCAACAUGCCCUCCUCAGCGUUCUGCCAUGGUUUCUGUGCUCUGCGAGGGCGAUGGG